AUGACAGAAGUUGAAGAGUCGAAUACAAGAUCGCAACCCCCAAACAACACCAAACAUCCAUCCGCGCCCCCUCCUCCAUCCCAUGCGCCCGCAGAUACCGAACCCGCGAAACUCCACGGCGCAAUAGACCAGACCGAACGUGAUGAGGGUCCUCCACCAAAGAAGCAGCGAGUUAGUGAAGCCGCGUCGAUUCCGCGUCCAAAACCUGAGUCGCCCCCUUGGAAGAAGAUCGUAGCAGACGGACCUUCGUCAUUUACACAGGAUGGGAGGAGAAAAUCAGGCCGGACGAACCACAUACCUUUUGAACUCCAACCACCCUCCGACAGGCGCCAGACACGAGGCAUUGUCCAGAAGACAACCCCUAGUACUAACAAGAAUGGGAAAGUGAAUGGGCACCAGGCGAAGGAAGCAACGACUACAUCAACCAACGGAAACCGAAAGGCUAGUACUAACGGCGCAACCAGUACCCAGCAUGCGCUCCAGUCUCAAUCUCCGUCCAAAUCUGUAGCGCCUCCAAAGCGAAGUCUCCGGAAGUCUAUGCCGAGUGAGCAAAAGCAAACCCCAGUACGCAACCACAAACGGUCUCCGAGUCCCAAAGCCCCUCAAUCAGCACCAACACAACCGCGGCCAGAUAAAUUGCGUCGCCUUCGACGAGACACGAACAAUGACGAGGAGGUUACUAAGUUGGAUACAACUAUUAUCCAACAAGUGGAGCUUCCGGCAGAAAGUCCUAAAGCUAAACUCUCUCGAAUUAAGAUCCUAGUCAAGCCAGCAUCGAUACCUAUAACUCAUCCGGGCCUAGAACUUCAACAUCCCAAAAAUUACACCACCCUGGGAGAGUUUUUCAAGGCCGCUGAGAAAAUUCCGGUGGAAGACGGAGGCCUGUACGUUGCAGAAGAUUUGAUUGAUUAUCCACCAGAGUCGGUAUCAAGAGAUGGUCUUCUUCUUACACGGCUCGAGGAAGCUGCAAAGCCUGGUGGUCUUCUCAGUCCUGAAUUUUGUUCUGCUUAUGAACGGCCACAGCAAGAUCAUACAAUUCCUAUGCAAUACGCGCACCUAGAUCAUGUAAACAGAGCUGCUAUUGGAUUUCAGAGAUUGAUGGAAAUCGAAAAAAAGAAACAUAUGAGUAACGCAAAAAAACUCGCGGAAGCGUGUAGGGAUGAAUGGAAACGGCGACAACCAAAAUCACUGGAGCAAUUGGAAGUGGAGCAAACCAAGAUUUCCCAGAACCGUUACAGAUUCUUGGUGAAAACUUUGCAAGCUACCUGGGCAAACGCGAGAGCAGAGGUGAAUCGACGACGUCUUGUGGAGUGGCAGGCUCAAGAACAGGAGCGAGUUCGCAGGGCUUUGAAUGAAGCCGUAGAUAAGUCGACAUUGAAGCUUCAGGCGCAGGGCGCUUUCAGGGAUUCUGAGGUGACAAGCGAGGAUAAUGAGACUCAAGACUCCGAAGGAGGUGAAAAUAUUCCAUCGGAUUCUGAGGGCGAAGAUGGCGAGAGCAACAUGUCAUCCAUAGACUCUGAAGGAGAAGAGGAGCAAACUUCGCCAGAUGCAGCAGAGGACGAGUUGCUUACACAAGAGCAACUCAAAGUAAAAUAUUCCGGAAUUGAAACUAUGUCAGUUCAGACAGAAGAGGUAGAGGCGCCUGAUGUUGAGAUGUCCGAUGUUGUGGUGGAACCCGGCCUGGAAGUAGAUGGUAUUGCUGCAGAAGAUAGCGACGAGUCAAUUGACAUGGACGACGAUUCUGAAUCUAGCGACGAAGAGAGUGACGAUGAUGAAGGAGGAGGUAGCAGCGAGGACGAGUCAGACGGCAAUGCUGGCUCACUAGGUCUGCUUGGAUUCCUUGAUCCAGGAGAGCUCAAGGCGAUGAAGUUAGAAAAGGACGUAUCUGAACAGGAGCCGACUGCGACAGAGCUUGACAGCAAUCACAACGGCACGCCUCUAACUGUCGAAGACGGAGUUCAAGAUGAUCUUCCAGUCAGAGGUAUUAUCGACGUUGAUGAUGAAACGUCAACCAACUCCAGCAUAGGUGUUACAAUGCCAAACAAGAAAAUCCAGAAAGUUGCAGCCUCAAGUCCCGACCACAGCAGCCUACCGACACCAAGAACUACCGAGACAAGACACUCUGAAGUCGACUCGGCAUCAUCAGUAGAGCUACAUCGAAAUAGCAGGCAAGUUAGUCAGAGCUCCUCGCCACAGCCCACUAGCAACCCUAAAACACCCAUCCCACACCUGCUUCGCGGGACUCUGAGAGAGUAUCAGCACGACGGUCUGGAUUGGCUUGCUGGACUAUACAAGGCAGGCACGAAUGGUAUCUUGGCCGAUGAAAUGGGGCUGGGUAAGACUAUACAGACGAUUGCUUUACUGGCACAUCUUGCAUGCGAGCAUGAAGUAUGGGGCCCGCAUCUUGUGAUUGUUCCAACUAGUGUCAUGCUGAACUGGGAAAUGGAGUUCAAAAAAUGGUGUCCAGGGUUCAAGAUAUUAACAUAUUAUGGGUCACCGGAGGAGCGCAAAAGAAAACGCUCAGGGUGGAACGGAGAAAACUCUUGGAAUGUUUGUAUCACAUCGUAUCAGCUCAUCCUGCGCGACCAGGUCAUCUUCAAACGUCGACAAUGGCAUUACAUGAUUCUGGAUGAAGCUCAUAAUAUUAAGAACUUUCAAUCCCAGAGGUGGCAGGCUAUGUUGACCUUCUCCACUCGAGCACGACUCCUGCUUACCGGUACCCCUCUACAAAACAAUCUUACGGAACUUUGGUCUUUACUUUAUUUUCUGAUGCCCUCGGACGGUACAGAACCGGCUGUAGGCGGGUUCGCAAAUUUGAAAGAGUUUCAAGACUGGUUUAAAAAGCCAUCCGAGCAGAUUCUCGAGCAUGGCCGUGAGCAGAUGGAUGACGAGUCGAAAGCAAUCAUCGGCAAACUUCACAAGGUGCUUAGGCCUUAUCUUCUACGGAGAUUGAAAGCAGACGUUGAGAAGCAAAUGCCUGCAAAGUACGAACACGUCGAAUUUUGUCGGCUUUCCAAGCGACAGAGAGAACUUUAUGACAGCUUUCUGAGUAGGGAUGAUACUAGAGGUACUCUGGCAUCCGGGAAUUAUCUAUCAAUCAUCAAUUGUUUGAUGCAAUUGAGAAAGGUGUGCAAUCAUCCAGAUCUUUUCCUUGAUCGCCCAAUUAUGACCUCUUUCCCUAUGGAAAAGUCAGCUAUUGCGGACUUUGAGAUCAAAGAGCUUCUUGUUCGCCGCCGUCUAUUCAAAGAAGAGCCGAUGUCCAAGGUCAGCUUGGAAUUCCUGAAUCUUGUCCCGACCAAGCAUGAACGUCUCUCUACCACUGCCUCUGCGCGGAUUAUUACCCUCAGUGCCCAGCAGCUCCUGAUGAAGAUGCGUGAGGCACAACGGCAAAGAGCACAUAAUUCUUUUACCCAGCUCAACCCAGCCACUGCAAAUUCCAACUUGGUGUAUUUGGAGAGUGCGUCCCGAUGGGGUAGAUUUGAAGAAUUACAACAUUGUGUCUAUCUCAAUGCUCUCCGACGGCAGCAAAAGCCCAUUUAUGGGAAAGAACUCCUGGAGACGGUGACUUUGGGUCUUCCCCAGUGGCCUAAUCAGCCAAAGCCCAAAAAGCAAGCAAAAUGGUUGGACUGGAUCUCAAACUAUUCGCCCGUGCUGAAUUCGAUGGUUCCCACGUUAGCUGCACGUUCCAAUGCACUCGAUUCCACCAUUCGAAAGUUUGCCUGCGUAACUCCUCCAGUCGUUGCAAAGGACAUAUCCACCUUGGUCCUCAAGCAAGAUGGAAUUGUCACUUUGCGGUCAACCGUCGAUAGCGCAAGGAAAGAUCCUUUUCAUGAAGCACGAAUGCGGUUAUCCAUUCAGUUCCCGGAUAAACGUUUAUUGCAAUAUGAUUGCGGGAAAUUACAGGCUUUAGCGAACCUUCUUCGUCGACUUGAAGCCGGAGGUCAUCGCGUACUUAUUUUCACUCAGAUGACCAAAGUUCUUGACAUUCUUGAGCAAUUCUUGAAUAUUCAUGGCCACAAGUAUCUUCGACUGGAUGGCAACACGAAGGUUGAACAGCGGCAGAUUCUAACAGACCGUUUCAAUAACGAUACCCGCAUCCUGGCAUUUAUCUUGUCUAGUCGAUCUGGUGGUUUAGGUAUCAACUUGACUGGAGCUGAUACGGUUAUCUUUUACGACCUUGACUGGAAUCCUGCUAUGGAUGCCCAAUGUCAAGAUCGAUGCCAUCGUAUUGGUCAAACUCGUGAGGUACAUAUCUAUCGUCUCGUCUCGGAGCAUACGAUUGAGGCCAAUAUCCUUCGCAAAGCAAACCAAAAACGUAUGCUGGAUGAUGUGGUCAUUCAGGAAGGGGAGUUUACGACAGAUUAUUUCAACAAGCCUAAUAAAGAAGUAACCGAAGAAGACGAGACAACUCCUCUUGAUGAAGAUGCCGCUGCCGCAAGUGCCGCUAUGGACCGUGUUCUAGGUGGCCCUGGCAACAACAAAAAUGUUCAACGAGUACUGGCCCAGGCCGAGGACCGUGAAGAUGUGGCUGCAGCUCGGGUAGCUGAACGGGAAAUUAACGAAACAGAUGCCGCAGACUUUGAUGAGAACACUGCCACAGCAACGACAACACCGGCGGCAGCAAGUACCCCUCAAGAGCUGGUAGAGACACCCGGAGCAGCAACACCGACUGUCGAGGCUGUGAUGGAGCCAGUUGAGGAGGAAGAACUCAACGCAUGGGGUGGACUCGUCAAGUCUACUGAUGACUAUAUGCUCCAAGUCAUGACAGAAGAAUUGAAAGAUGCCCCGGUGGAACUUCCACGAGACAAGAGCAAAAAAGGAAAGGAUAGAAGCCACAGGUCUCACAGGGCGAGGUGA